ACUACAGAUAUUCACUUUAAGGGAGGAUGCAAGAACAGCCAUGCUUUGCUUUCAUAAUGCUGUUGGACGGAGGCACAGAGAGCAGCAGCUCAGCUGAAUCUGAUUCAGCGGGCGGGAUCCACGGCACGGCGCUAUGGCCAUGCUCUGCUGGAUGUUUUCAAGAAUCCAAAUACCCCCUAAUCUCGAUUCGUUUUGGAACAUACUGCUAUAUUUCUUGUGAAAGACAAUAAAAGCAUUAACGUGCGCUCUGCAAUGGAUCCGUGGAGGAGAAGGCAGCUCAGUUAUGUUGUCCUCUCCGCGUUGUGGAUUCUCGCCUCGGCUGUAACAAGAUACUCCAUCCCUGAAGAAAUUCCAGUAGGCACCGUGAUCGCAAAUAUCGCCACGGAUUUGGGCCUUGACGCGCACAGCCUGUUGGAAAGAAAGGUAAAGCUGGAUUAUGUUCAUAGCAAAAAAUACCUAGAAAUAAACAAAGACACUGGGGAACUGUAUAUCGCUGAGAAAAUUGACCGGGAGUAUUUAUGUCCGGCCAAAACAUCAUCGUUUUGCUUCCUCAAGAUGGACGUUAUAAUUGAGAGUCCAAUACGCAUAUUUAAUAUCGAAUUGGAAAUUAUGGACAUCAAUGACAACGCGCCUCAGUUCAGAAGGGAGAGAAUACCACUCGAUGUUUCGGAAUCAGCAACACCUGGAGAGAGAUUUUCUUUAACAAACGCGGUGGAUGCAGAUGUUGGAGAGAACUCAAUCAAAACCUAUUAUCUGAGUGACAGCGACACGUUUACGAUUGAAAUCCAGUCUGGAAGUGACGGGACUAAAUAUGUCGACCUGGUGCUAAAAGCAAAUUUGGACAGAGAAAAACAAGCCGUUCAUACACUAACCCUCACCGCCGUGGACGGCGGCGUACCUGCGCGCUCAGGUACGGCCAGCAUUGUCGUUCAAGUGCUGGACACCAAUGACAACGCCCCUCAGUUUGAUCGACAAGUGUACUCGGUUGAUCUCAUUGAAAAUGCACCAAUCGGGACACUGAUUAUGCAGAUGAAUGCAACCGAUUUGGAUGAGGGUGUCAAUGCGGAGGUCAUAUACUCUUUCACUUUAUACACAUCUGAGAAAACACAAGAAACGUUCUCUUUGGAUCCCAGCAGUGGAGAAAUAAGAGUAAAAGACAUGAUUGAUUUUGAAGAAGUGAAGAGCUUUGAGAUGUACGUUGAAGCCAAGGACAAGGCUGUGAAUCCACUUUCUGGUCAGUGUAAAAUUUUAGUGUUCAUCACCGAUCUAAAUGAUAACCAUCCUGAGAUUACGAUAAAAUCUUUUCAGAGUUCGAUCAAAGAAAAUGACCCUGUAGGAACAGUGAUCGCCAUCAUCAGUGUGAGUGACAGAGACUCUGGAGAUAAUGGUAAGGUUGUUCUCUCCAUCCACAAUGCUGAGAUAUUACCGUUUGCUCUUAAUAAGUCAUCUGAAGACUUUUUUGAGUUAACAGUCACAGAAUCGCUUGACCGCGAGGUCAAAAACAGUUAUGAUAUCACACUUCAUGUGACCGACAGAGGAACCCCUCCUCUGACGGAUAAUGAAACAAUCAGUCUUACAAUUCAAGACGUCAAUGAUAACGCGCCAACGUUCCCUCAGUCCCUCUAUACCAUUUAUCUAAUGGAAAACAACGAACCCGGGACGUUGCUCGCCUCUUUAGCCGCCCAUGACCCAGACUUGCAUGAAAAUCAGUAUCUUGUUUACUUCAUCAUAGAAAAGGAGAUCGCCAACACGUCAAUGUCCAUGCUGUUUUCCAUCAAUCCUGAGAACGGCAACCUCUACACGUUACGCACGUUUGACUACGAAAGAGAGAAGGAGUUUCUGUUUCACAUCGAAGCUAGAGAUUCUGGACUCCCUCCUCUUAGCAGUAACGUGACCGUACACAUCAUCAUCCUGGACCAAAACGACAAUACGCCACUCAUAGUUUCUCCAUGGCAUCCACAAGGUGCUGUUAUAGAAGAAGUAAUCCCAAGGUCGAGCGAUAAAGGAUCCCUGGUCACCAAGGUUAUUGCGUUGGAUGCCGACUCCAUGCAGAACUCUCGUAUUACUUAUCAGUUCCUCCAGAUCACAGACACCACGCUCUUCAGCCUCGACCAGUACAACGGUGAGAUAAGAACCACUCGCAUGUUCAGUUACAGAGACCCCAGACAUCAGCACCUGGUCAUCAUAGCCAGAGACAACGGAGAUCCUCCUCACUCUGCCACGGUGACCAUCAAGAUCUCCACGGUGGAGCAAGUGGUCACGCAGUUUACCGAAACCACAGAGGUGCCUAUCGAAUACGACCUGUUCACCGAUCUCAACCUGUAUUUGCUGAUCGGUUUGGGGUUGGUGUUGUUUCUUCUGCUCAUAACCAUCCUGGUGAUCAUCGUGCUGAAAUGUCAAGAACCAAAACCCUCACAAGCAGCUCCUCAGGGUAGGAACAGUAUCAUCAGCCAGAGGAACUCCUCCACCAUCCUUGUAACCACAUUGAGCAUGACUUUGCAUGGCUAA